GUGGAAGCAGCAACCGAUUCAGAUAACGACAGCAAAAGCUUACGGGAGUAUCAUUCGGUUGGAGUGCAAGUGGAAGAUGAUAAACGCCAUGGACGAUUUAAGCGCUCAAACAGUGUAACGGCAGCUGUUCAAGCCGAUUUAGAACUCGAAGGGUUUCCUGGACACAUAACGAUGGAGGACAAGGGACUUCAGUUUGGGGGGUCUUUCCAGCGGCAUUCAGAGCCAAGUACUCCCACCCAGUAUGGUGCAGUAAGAACUGUGCGGACACAAGGCCUCUUUAGUUAUAGAGAAGAUUAUAGGACCCAGGUUGACACCUCCAAUCUCCCACCACCUGAGCCUUGGUUGGAACCAUCCAUGGACACCAUUGAAACAGGACGGAUGUCUCCGUGUCGACGGGACGGGUCAUGGUUUAUGAAGCUGCUACACACUGAGACGAAAAGGAUGGAAGGAUGGUGCAAAGAGAUGGAGAGAGAAGCAGAAGAAAAUGAUCUUUCCGAAGAAAUUCUAGGUAAGAUUCGAAGUGCUGUAGGAAGUGCACAGUUGCUAAUGUCACAAAAAUUCCAGCAAUUCUAUUGGCUUUGUCAACAGAAUUUGGAUCCCAGUGCUAUGCCCCGACCAACUUCACAGGACCUGGCAGGAUUCUGGGACUUGUUACAACUCUCAAUUGAAGACGUCAGUAUGAAGUUUGAUGAACUGCAUCAGAUGAAACUGAAUGAAUGGAAAAUAAUAGAAUCGCCCGAAAAAAAGGAAGAGAGAAAGGUUCCUCCGCCUGUACCAAAGAAGCCCCCUAAAGGAAAAUUCCCCAUCACCCGAGAGAAGUCUCUGGAUCUGCCCGACCGACAGCGCCAAGAAGCUCGAAGGCGCCUCAUGGCUGCUAAGCGGGCAGCCUCUUUCCGGCAAAACUCCGCUACGGAGCGUGCAGACAGCAUUGAGAUCUAUAUUCCAGAAGCCCAGACGAGGCUUUAGAGAGACCCAGAUGCUGCACCGUCUCUUCCUCUUUUUUAAACAAAGGACGGAACCAGGCAAGUCCUUGUACAGCUGGUCUCCUCUCCCCUGCUCUUUCCCCCCUCCCUGCCCUGUUGUCGUUGUCUCCUUUGUGCCAGACACACAACAGGAUGCGGUUUGUGUCCUCAGAAUUUGCUGAGCCCCUUUGCAAGAAUCCUCCCUGCUCUUUUCUUUUUUGUAUUGUUAGGAUCGGACUACGCCAGUCAGCUCCAACGCAUAGGGCUUGUUGAGACCUUACUUAUAAAAAUUACGUUCUCAGAGGACAACAGGAAACACCUCUUGAGAUGGAACCCAGCUUACUUUUUUGGUUAUUUAUAUUUUUAUAAAUGAUGCGAUAACUAGGAAUAAGAAAACAAAAACACAAACUUUGAAUUGGGUGCAUCUCUCCAUUCACCAGAGGCAUUAGCUAAUUCAAGUAGAAGGUGCUACAAAUGGAAAGUGCAAGACAAGAAGGGAUCCAUUUCUCUCCUCCUUCCCCUUCCCUUCCCGCUUCAGUUUCUUUGCCUUGAACCCGGUUAGAAUUUCCUGCCCCUCGUGCUCGGCAAUUCUGCUUCUCUUGGUUACUCCGGACUCGCACCGGGUCUCUCCUCCCCUCUCACACUUUGAGUUUUUGGAGAUGAACAGAAAUAUCCAGCCAUGAAAACUCCAACGUCCAUCCCGAACAGAGAAGCAUAGGAACCAUUUCCCAUGGGGAAAAAAUCUCUCCCCGAAAGAAAUCCGAAGGAAAAACUGCAAAGGAACUUGAAGAAAGAGGAACAAAGGAAAGCCUUAAGAAUUUCGAUCAUCUGUAGCAAGAUGUGAAAGCUCUAUUUACUCUUGGAGAACAUUCAUUGCAUUUUAAGCAGUUCUUUUUAUGUUGUACUUCUUUCAUUUGUGAACACUCUUUUUUUUUUUUUACUUAAAUUUGAAAAGCGAUGCUACGCGUAAUAUCUGAAGUUUCAAAAUGCUAGGUCAAUUGAGUUUCCAGGGUAUCCUUUCAGAACAAAAAAAACAAAACUCAAAAAAAGUUUGCUUGUUUAAAAUACCAGUUGUGAUGUUGUAACCAGUUUAAGAAAUAUGAAUGUGAGUGGUAAGUAUAUCUCAGUUUCAAUGGUAAUCUUAAGGUUUUUUAAAAAAAAAAAGGUGAACUGUGGUUUACAUUUGUAUUUAUUUUUUUCCAGGAAUUUUUUUUUUCCCUAUGAAUUAAAGAUAAGAAAAAGUUUCUUGAUUGUUUCGGACAUAAAGAACAUGUUUUAAAAGACAUGUGGCUUCUAGCAGUAGAAUGUAAGAAAGGUAGACUGUUUCUGAGCUAAUUGAUCAACAUCACAGCAAAAGCUAGAAAUUACACAGAAGUUUAACAAAUUCUGAGAACGAUGCGUCAUUGUUUUUGCCUUCUCAAAGGCUGCGAUCCAAGCUUUUGAAUCUUUUCAGGUGAAGAUACAAAAAAAAAAAAAAAAAAAACCAUAUCCCGCCGCUACUGAAGUCAGAAUUCCGAGUCAUACAAAAUAUUAGAACAGAGUCAAGUUUCUGUUAUCAGUCUGUUAAGCAAAAUGUAUUUAGCCAUAGACAGAACCGCUAUUUAAACUAGCCUACAGCACUUUGAUUCUUCACCUUGGUGAGCACUUUAAAUAUGUACUUUGCGGGCCCUUCAGCUUGUCACAGGACUGAAAAAUGCAAGGCAUUUUAACAGCAAUCUCCAACCAGGUGCCCUCCGCAGAUGUUGAACUACGUCUCCCAUCAUGCUAGUUUGCAUGAACAAUAGCAGUGUUAUAUAAGAAUUGCACAAAACGAUGGGGAAGUUUAGUCCUAGUGUAUCUCAAGCGCAGAUGUUGGAGAUUGCUGUUGUAGGAAGCAGAGAAGACAGAAGGGUUCCCAUCCCUCAUCCCCCCUUCUUCCGAUAUAUUUUGUUAAGCAUGCAUUCUGUUUUAGGGCAAAGCUGAUAUAAGCAUGUUUAGCUUCAAGAUACGA